GCAACAGUAUUGAUAAAACAAACUAUAGAAUCUUUCUUUAAGCAACAUUAAAUGUAUACAAAAUAAUGUCUAUAAAAUCGCAGAAAUCUUUAAACGAAGAAUGUUCCGAGAUAUUCGAAAGAAGCUACUCAGUGAAAAGUGCAUCUGAUGAUAGUUUAUCAUGUGACGACGAAGAUGAAGAAUUGGCCAGAGAGCUGAUGAAGAGAAUGACGCCCGCCUUCCUCAGUAAAUUGAGACGAUGUUUCAAGAAAACUAAGGACAAGAGCAGGGAGCGCGACAUUGACAGAAAGAUCGAGGAAGUAAUGCGCACCGCCGCUGCAGAGGAGGGCGUGGAGUUCGGUCCUCCCGCGGCCGCAGCGACCGACCCUCUCUGGCUCGACGAGACCUCCUUUGUGAAAGCUGUUAACAAUAUAUUCGGUAAUCAUAAAUACGCUACUCACGCUCACAAGUUGUUCCGUAUGCUGGACCCUCUGUGCACCGGCAAGGCUCGCUGGGUGCGGCUGGUGGAGAGGCUGGUGGCGGCCGGGGCGCGGUCCACGGGCCGCAGGGACGCGUGGGAACCGGUCGAGUGCUCUGACAUGGUACAACUCAAGCAUUGUAAGAGAGAAACGAUAGUGAAACUGUUGAACGUGGAGACGGAGAGCACGUUCUGUUACGUCGCCGUGUCGAAGGGAGGGCGGGUCGGCGUGUACGACGGAGCCCUGGGGCUGCUGCACUCGUACGAGAUGUUCUACCAGAGGACGGGCCACAGGGGACGGGUCAAGAACCGCUGGGUCACCGACGCUCUGUAUCUCACUGACGUCCAGUACAUCAUGAUUGCAGCGUCAGACCGCAGCCUGACCAUGUAUGACGCUAGCACUCUAUCACAUACAGCCUUGUAUUGUAUCACCGGUUUACCCAACAUACCUACAUGUCUAGGAUACAGCCCAUCCAGAAAAGCUAGUGAUUCUUCCGAGUUGGCGCUAGGCAAUGAACGAGGUCAAGUAACAAGGAUGCUGUUCUCCCAGCCAAGAGUUCAGUUCAUCUACAGCAAGACCAGCGACGCUAUUAAUUAUUACUUUUGGAUGGAGUUACUCUCCCCUCCCCACACGAGUCAUGUUCAGAUAUCGUCCCACCGUGCCCACCGGCGGAGUGUCCGUCGCGUUAUGUACACACAGCGGGACGUCCUCGUGUCCUGUUCUCUGGACAAUACUGUUAGCGUCAGGAUCAAACACGUAUCGGGAAAAUUGAAUGAUUACACGUUCCGGGUCCACAGGGGUGUCUCCUGCUUCCACAUAGUCCCGUCGCUCCGCCUGGUGGUGACUGGUGGGCCGGAUGGCUUGGUCCGCCUGUGGGAGCCCACACAGAGCGCGCCGCACGCGACCCUCGCCGCCCCCACAGCGCCACCAGUACUGGGCGUGGCAGUGCUGACACAACUGCAGGUGGUCAUGGCUUACUGUGGGAAUUGUACGAUUCACAUCUGGGAUAUGUACGAAGAAUGCUUACUCCAAAGCCUCAAAAUCAAUUAUCCCUUUCUUGGAGUUAUCGGGAAGAAAGUGGAGUUUGGAACGUAUUGCGUUUUUCCUGGCCCAUUGAGAAAAACAGAAGAGACUUUGGGAAAAUCGGCGUCUUCUAGGAGGGGCUCCAGUGUGUAUCCAGUCUCCGGUGGAGGUUUGGUGCUGGUCUCUGAAGCCGAUGAAGGAAAGAUGCCUGAUAGAUUCGAGGACGACCCGGAGUAUGCGAAGUACAGCCGCAGCGAGGUGAUGGUGACGUGCUGCGAGUACGCGUGUCGAGUGCGCGUGCGGCCCGCGGGCAGCUCCCCCCUGCCGCCCCCCGGCCCCGCGCGCCGCCCGCGCCGGCCCUCGCUGUGGGACCUCAGCCGCCGCAGCCCCGCCCGCACGCCCGAGCGCUCCCCUCAGACUCUGUCUCCUCGGCUAUCCACACCCCCGGAGCCGCCCGGAACUGACCACACCAACAAAGACUUGGAUGUAAUCCUCAAGAAAGCUGGUCUGGAAGGGAUAUUAGAGAAGAACUUCGUCUUGAUGCAGGGCUUGAAACACGACUUGCACAAGAAGCUGGCUGAGCUGAGCGACCGAAAUGAAUCCAUGUCCAGUGCGGUGAACAUAGGAGCUCCAUACCUGGCUCUGAAGACGUACGAGCCCUCGGCCGUGGAGCGAGCCGAGGAUAUUAUUGAAGCAUAUAAAAGAGUGCUUAAAUUUAUUCCCUCCAGUACGACGAUAACUCCUACUGCCAGCCAGUCUUCCACUCCAAGGAACAGUAAAGAAACCAAGUGAAAUGAUGUUUAACUUUAGAGAAAACAAAUAGCCCACUUAGGUUUAAAAUAUUAUAUGAAAAUCCGGUACAGUUUAUAAUAAAAACAAAAGAUUA